AGGGAGAGAGAGAGAGAGGUCCUGUUCUCUCGCGCUGCUGAGGCGUUUUGAUUCCGUGGCAGUGGCUGAGACAACGCGGUUACAGACCGCCGUGAACCCGUGUCACAUGAAGAAAAAGACAGAUUUCACCUGAAGGACUUUCGUCUCUGCUGCAGCCAAAAGUUUUUAAUCAAAAGAAGAAUAAACAUCUGGAGCCGCGCGAGAACCACACAGUGUGAAGAUGUUCUGCGCGUGUGAUGUGCGUAAAAGCCGCCAGUCACAGUCCGUGAGCGAGAAGUCGGCGCGUAAAGGUGGAGCACCUGCGAUGGACAAACCCGCCAGAAGCUGCACUCGGUAAAGGACGUGGACAGAGUGACACUCAGGACAGAAAACCACCAGCGUGUCCUCGAAUGAUGGGGACAAAGCACCUCCUGCUGCUUUUCAUCUACUUAGACCCGCUGAAUGUCCUGUGCGCCGCCGCCGCCGCUGCCGCCGCCACCACCAACAGGAAAACCAAACCCUCGCACAACCGGAACAACAAGUUGAAGGCGGUGAACGGCAGCAGCACCACCGCGGUCCCCGCGGCCGCGGCGGGGAAGAUCACGCAGCUGCAGGCGCCCGCGGUCCAGCACGACACGUGCCUGGGCUACUACGACGUGAGCGGCCAGUACGACAAGGAGUUCGCGUGCAACAACACGGACCACCGCUUCUGCUGCGGCAGCUGCUUCCUGCGCUUCUGCUGCGCGGACCGUGGCAAGCGGCUGGAGCAGAAGACCUGCACCAACUACAACACGCCGGACUGGAUCAAGACGCAGCCGCCGUCCCCGGCGCCCACGGGCGACACGUACGACCCGGAGCUGGACCAGACCAACGCCACGGUGUACAUCACGUGCGGCGUCAUCGCGCUCAUCAUCGCCAUUGGGAUUUGUGUUAAAGUUGCCUACGACAAAGCCACGAAGCCUCCUCAGGAAAUGAACGUGCACAGAGCUCUGGCAGAUAUUCUGAGGCAACAGGGACCAGUUCCUAUAUCUCAGUAUGAACACGAAAACAUCGCAGCAAUUGAUGGGUCGCCUAAAGACGAGACGCCGGUCAGAACCUUGAAGAAUCAUUACACACCUGUUCACGCCAAGGCGUCAAACCACGGUCACUAUGGGAAAGGAGGAGGCCAAGACAUGCACAACUACAUCUCCUCCGGGUUUGUGACGCUUGGACGUGGCCACUUGCAAGCGCAGCACUCCAUCGAUGAGUCGGGCAUGUCCUGGCAGGGCGAUCUGGACGUCCCCAUCUCCUACGGGAACCACCACCACGACUAUCAGCACAGUCACCUGGAUCUGACUGCGCUCACGCCCAAACUGGCCCACAGACAAAUGAGAUACGAGCGACCGCAGCGGAUGAACAACAUCCUGACCUCAGCCACGGAGCCGUACGACGUGUCGCUUUCCAGAUCCUUCCAGAACCUCAGCCAUCUGCCGCCCUCCUACGAGCUGGCCCUCCAGUCUGACCUAAGUGAUAAAGACAUUGACGACUACUACACGAGGAAGCAUCAUCAUCCCGACUUUGGCGGCCGGGGACCGACCCACAUGAUGAAGCUGAACGCAGACCCCAUGCAGCACCAGCAGCACCAGCAGCACCAGCAGCACCAGCAGAGGCAGCGUCCCCGCCGAGUCCAGCGGGCCAUGUCCCAGGACCACGUCCUGUCUCCUCCCAGGACGCCGCGGCGCGGAGACUACGGCUUGUCCUCUUACGGCGUGAUGGCGGCGACGGCGUACGGGAGCAGCCGCCACCUCUCCGAGGAGCAGCUCCUGUCCGCGGACCGCCUCCACUCCCAGGAUCCAUUGCUGUCGCCGGCGAUGAGGCGCGACAAGUUCCGGGAGAAGGCGAUGGCGCGGGCGAUGUCUCACGCUGACAUGCUGCUGCCGACCACGCCCGUCAUGGACCACCAUAAGGUGACUAAGAUGCACUCGCAACCCAGUGCCUCUAACGACUCCUACAACACGCUGACGGUCAACCACCAACCGACCACGUCCAAGAGGCAGGCGUUUGCCUCCCGACGGACACACACGGUGGACCACCUACAGUACAUUCCCGGCCACCACCACACAUACCGCACUGCCAGUAAGAACGAGGUAACUGUUUAGUCGUAAAAACAGGAUUCCUGAGACGAACCCCCAGACGAACAAACCUCCUGCGUUCAGAGCACUUCCCGCUUUUUAGCACAAGCUUCCUGUGUCAUCCAUAUUUUCGGGUAACUAGAAUCAAAGACUUUCCUCUCUUAGAGCAUCAUAAGGGCUUUGAGCGUCGACACAGAGUGGAUCCUUCAUGUCGAGGCGUGUUCGACGGCGUGAAAGUAAAUAUUUUUUAAAACCGACUGGACGUCGGACUGGAAGGGGAAUUGUGUCAACUUUAUAAAUAUAUAAAUACACUAUAUUUACUAUUUGUAUUUCCAGUCCUUGUUAUAGCUUUAGAGAUUCUUACUGACUGAUGUGAGUUGAGCACUUCAAGAGGUGCCUCUAAAACUGUCCCAUUUCAGUGACGGAAGGGGAUUCGUGGGUUAAAAAGCACAAUUAAUGAAUUCCCUUUUUUUGGGUUUGGUUAAUUUUCUUCUUUCUUUUUUUUUUUCCUAAACGGCCAGAACAUAUCAGCUUAUUAGUGAAAACAGAAUAUGUGUCUGUUGCGUACAAUAGAUGAUUGUAAAUAGGCUAUAUUAGCAGCAGUAAAAGAGAGUUUAAAAAACAACAAAAAAAGAAGCUGGCCUCAUUGAUGUUGUUUGUUUGUUUGUUUGUUUUUUCUCCUCCCACCUAGAAUCUAUAAUGGAUUCGCAAUUAAUAACUUUAAUUUUAGAUAAGUCAAAGAACCCUAAUUAGUAUUAUUUCCACAGAUGUCUGUGAAAUUGUGGAUCUAAUAUAAGUAUAAGGGGAUUUUUUUUUCUCUUUUUUUAAACCGUGCUUGUAGCGUACAAUGAUUGUGUCUGUUCACUCGAUUGGCAGCUUCAGCUAAAAAUGGA